AGGCUAAACUCUCGAUCUCCUGACCUCAUGAUCCGCCCGCCUCAGUCUCCCAAAGUGCUGGGAUUACAGGCGUGAGCCACCGUACCCGGCCCUAUGUUUUUAAUCCGGUCAGUUAAUAAACAGUACCUGCUCCCAAAAUGAAAAAAAAAAAAUUAAACAGGCAUAUGUGGCUAGUGGCUGUCAUACUGGCCAGGGACGAUCUUGGCUCAGUGGACACUCCCUUCUAACCCCAAUCUUGAUUCACAAGAGCCAAAGGAGACCAGAGCCCAGCCCUUGAGAAGGAAGAAGAGGAAAGGAUCUAGCAUGGGGCUUUCAUGUUCCAUAUCUGAGUAAGGAUCUUUGAUGGAAGAAGGAAGUAAGUGCAGUAUGCAUCAUUUCCUUCCUCUGAGCAUGCUUGUCUUUACCCAGCCUCUCCUCACCAGGUGGAAGCAGAGGGCAAAGGAGGAGCACCACUGUUCCAUGGAUUGUUCUCACACAUGCCCAAUCUCACUAAUGUCCUGGGCUUUAAGUCAGUCAUUCUAGGGUUCCAUUCUCUUUGGUGCAAAUGAUGGGCGAACAUGGAGUAUAAACCAGGAAUCUCAUUUUUUCCCUACAUUUUUCAGCAAGGUUGACCUGUUAUGCAACUACACCUUGUGGCAAAGAGUAAGUGUUGAGAAUUGACUGAGGUCUGCUUCCUGGAUGUAAAAACCAGUAUUUAGUGGGGGACAGAAAGACAGUUAAAUUGAAUAUAACAAGAGGCGAGAUGGCGCCAUGGGAGGCUGAGAAAAGACUUUCCUAAAGACAAAAUAUGGGGUCUAUGGCUAUUAACAUAAAAUCUUCCUGCAGAGCCUACCCUAUAUUUGUAGUGCAAAUCCCAUUCUGUUUCUUUAGAGAAUCUGAAAGAUCAUGCCACCCAAGCAUGGAAAAGACGUGCAACACACAAAAUAUCCUAAUACGCAAGGAUCAGGUGGAGGAAGAGGAAUCACUGUCCAGCUUUCCUCCUCAGUAUCAACAGCUUCAACCCUUUGAGGAUGAGGAUUCCAGUCUAGAUCCGUCCUAAGAGAAAUCUCUGUGAUGACGGAAGUGUCUCAUUCUCUGCUACACAGUGUUACAGCCAUGAGCGACAUGUAGGGGUUGAGCACUUGAAAUAUGGAUAGUACAAUUGAGAAACUGAAGUUUACCUACGUUUAAUUCAUAGAAAUGUAAAUAGCACAUCUGGGUAGUGGGCACUCUACUGGACACUGCAGCUCUAGUUUUUAAUAACAUUGUCUUCAUUUUCAUCAACUAAUUCUUGAUUUUUUAAAUAUUUUUGUAACAUGGGAAUCUCAACCUCCAGCGUAUCAGAAGAUCAGGAAUCUUCACAGGAACAAGGUUCAGGAGUUGGUUACUCAGAAGAGCAUCAGGUAGUUUCCUGUUGUGCUGCUAAACUCCAUUUUGAGGUCAAACGAGAUUAUAAAAAUCCUCAGUUUCUGGGGCCUGAAGGAAAUGUGGAUGUUGAGCUGACUGACGAGAAUGCAAACAGAUACAGCAUUCGGUUCCCUGCUGCUGGCUGGUAUCUGUGGUCAGCCACAGGCCUCGGUUUCGUGGUAAGGGCUGCGGCCACGGUGAGGAUUGCAUUUGGUUCCUGGAGUCAGCACCUGGCCCUGGACCUGCAGCACCAUGAACAGUGGCUGGUGGCCGGCCCCUUGUUUGACAUCACUGUAGAGCCAGAGGAGGCUGUCUACGAAAUCCACCUCCCCCACUUCAUCUCCCUCCAAGCAGGUGAGGUGGACAUCUCCUGGUUCCUUGUUGCCCAUUUUAAAGAUGAAGGGAUGGUCCUGGAGCAUCCAGCCCGGGUGGAGCCUUUUUAUGCCGUCCUGGAAAACCCCAGCUUCUCUCUGAUGGGCAUCCUGCUGCGGAUCGCCAGCGGGACCCGGUUCUCCAUCUCCAUCGCCUCCAACGUAUUGAUGUAUUAUCACUCCCAUCCCAAAGACAUUAGGUUCCAUUUGUACCUUGUCCCCAGCGAUGCCUUGAUAAGGAAGGCAAUAGAUGAUGAGGAAGAUCGCUUCUGUGGUGUGCGUCUACAGACUUCACCUCCAAUGGAACCCCUGAACUUUGGUGCCUAUUAUAUUGUGUCUAAUUCUGCUCAUCUGGAAAUAAUACCCACGGAGUUGAAAUUGUCCUACAGGAGUCCUGGAGAAAUCCAGCCCUUCUCGAAAUUCUAUGCUGGGCAGAUGAAGGAACCCAUUCAAGUUGAGAUUACUGACAAAAGGCACGGGACUUUGGUCUGGAAGACUGUGGUGAAGCCAGUGGACAUCCAGCUUGGAGCUGCAGCAGCCCCUCCUGUUUCAUCAGAACGAGCGAUGCCAGAGAAAAAUGAGUGUGAUUUACUUAUUGGAAGGCAUGAGGACAUGAUGUCCACACAAGGAGUACCAACAGUAAAUUCUUGGGGUGCAGCCUUUGUAAAGGAGAACCUCCGGCAACUCCAAGUCAGGAUGGGGGACCUGAAGGGGGUGCUCGAUGAUCUCCAAGACAGUGAGGUUCUCACUGAGAAUGAGAAGGAGCUGGUGGAACAGGCAAAGACACAGCAGAGCAAGAACAGGGCUCUGCUGAGCAUGGUGGAGAAGAAAGGGGACCCAGCUCUGGAGGAGCUCUACAGAAGCAUUAGUAAAAGGGACCCUUACCUUGUGCUCCAUCUUAGACAGCAGACUUUGUAAAGUGAGUCAGUCCGAGUGUCUGGAAGAGAGAAUCCAGCGUUCUCAUUGGAAAUGGAUGAAGAGAAAUGCAUCCUUGAUUCCAGUGUCCAAAACAGAGGAGGGCUGAGUAACAUUUGCCCAUCACACAGGCUUUUGGGACAGAUACAUAACCUAGAAGAUACUCAUUGGCUGUAUCCUAAUGCCUUUUCCUCAAGAAUAUCUGAAGAGAAAGACUAUACCUUCUGGCCAGACACAGUGGCUCAUGCCUGUAAUCCCAGCACUGUGGGAGGCCAAGGCAUAUGGAUCAUCUGAGGUCAGGAGUUCGAGACCAUCGUGGCCAAC